AUGCUGCCACUCGCAGCAUCGAUUCAUCCCGCAAACGCAAAAGGGCGAAAGGAAAACAAUCUGACACUUUGGAUACCUGUUUCAAGAAGCUGCGUAAGGCAGUUGACGAAACAGUUGAAAGUCGCGAUCAAGAAGUUGAAAAGCUGCAAAAGCAACUCCAGGAACUUCAUUGCAAGCUUCUCCUACAAGAAGACCGGCAUCAAGAGGAACUUUCCCGACGACGUAUCUUGGAUUGCAAAAUUUGCUACGAGCAGCCGGAUUGUUGGCAUAUUCUGCUAUGCGGGCAUAUAA